AUGAAUAACGAAGAGGACAAAAGUCUUCCAUCAUCUCAAUUAGGUGUUCCCGAUGAUGUUGAAGCUGAAUUUCAGAAAGAUCCUGUUGAUCGUGAUUUCAAAAACAUUCUCGUUGUUUUAAUAAUGAUCAUUUGUAGUUUAUUAACAUCCUAUUUCUCAAAUAAUCCUUAUGGAAAUUAUUUACCACUCAUUUUAAUUUCAACCUUCGAAUGGUAUCGAUCAUAUCCGCGACAAAAACGUUCGUAUUAUGGUUUAUUUCGUUUAUUAUUAUACGUUUUAAUCAUUAGUUUAUGGAACGUGUUGGUUUUGAAAAUUUUCCUAGAAAUCAUUUCAUAUUCCAUUGGUUAUCAUCGAAUUCCAUUCAAACGAAUCGAACAUUUAUUUCCCUAUGCAUUAAUUAUCACUUCAUUUGCCCGAACGAGUCAAGAAAUGGAUUUAAACGACAAACGAAGGUACAUAAUCCAUUUACUCUAUGAUAUUCCUGCAUUUCUGCUAGUUCUGAUCUUCAAAUUAUUAAACAAUCCAUUGAAUUGUUUGUACAGUCAAAUCUCGACGCAUUGUUAUCUCGGUUGUUUACCUUUACCGUCGGAUGUUGCAGAAUUGAACAAAGUUGCCAUAAAAAAUGUUGUAAAUAUGUGUGCAGAAUAUCGUGGACCGAGGAAAACAUAUGAGAAAUACGGAAUUAAACAAUUGUAUUUACCAACAAUUGAUACGGUUUCACCUUCACGGCAAACGAUCGAAAAGGCAAUGAAAUUUAUGAAGGAAGCUCUAGAUCGAAACGAGAAUAUCUUUGUUCAUUGUAAAGCAGGAAUGGGAAGAAGUGCGACGAUCGUUUAUUGUCAUUUAAUCGUCAAUGAACAUAUGACACCCGAAGAGGCAAUGAAAUUAAUCAAAGAAAAACGGCCGGAAGUCACAACAAGUCUUAUUCAUUAUCACUCGGUGAAGCGUUUCCUCUCGUCAUUGAACAACAACAACAAAUCUCAAUAA